GAAUCUUCAAUCUCCAUUUUCUUACAAAGAACAGAGUUUUGCUGUCAAAUACACUUUCUUCAUUUCGUCUCAUUUAACUGAUUCGAUAUGGAACUCCGAAGAGAUCGUAAAUCCGUAAUCAAUCGAGCCGCCAUGGAUCGAGCUGCCAUGGACCGAGUUCUGAAAGCUGCGCGUUCUUCCGGUUCGCUCAACCUCUCAAACCGCUCUCUCAAAGAAGUACCGGAUGAGGUUUACAAAAUUUUGGAUGCGGUCGGUGGAGAUGAGAAGUGGUGGGAGACUGUGGAGCUGCAGAAGCUUAUUCUAGCUCAUAAUGAUAUUGAAUUGCUGAAGGAAGAUUUGAGAAAUUUGACUUCGUUAGUAGUGCUGAAUCUAAGUCAUAAUAAGCUUACGCACCUCCCUGCUGCUAUUGGAGAGCUUCAGAUGCUGAAGUCAUUAGACGUGACAUCUAAUUCGAUAAUGGAAAUACCAGAAGAAAUUGGAUCGGCUGCUUCUCUGGUGAAGUUUGACUGUUCGAAUAACCGGCUUAGCUCUCUUCCCAGUUCCCUUGGGCAUUGCACAAAUUUGUCAGAACUGAAGGCAUCAAACAAUAUAAUUUCCAGCUUGCCGGAAGAGCUGGCAAAUUGUUCAAAAUUAACGAAGUUGGAUGUAGAGGGAAAUAAGCUAGUAGAGCUGUCACAUAAAUUGAUUGCAUCGUGCCCUAUGCUUAUGGAACUCAACGCAUCUAAAAAUCUACUCACCAGCCUCCCGGAGAGUAUUGGAUGCCUUGCGCGUGUAAUUAGGUUGGACCUUCACCAAAACAGAAUUUCCUCGAUUCCGUCAUCAAUAAAAGGCUGCUCUUCCCUUAUAGAGUUAUAUUUAGGGAACAAUGCAUUGUCUUCGUUACCUGUGGAAAUUGGAUCACUGACUCAGCUGGGGACAUUUGAUCUGCAGUCAAACCAGUUGAAAGAAUAUCCUGUGGAGGCUUGCAGUUUGCACCUCUCAGUUCUUGACCUGUCAAAUAAUUCACUGUCUGGUUUGCCUUCUGAGAUUGGCUUGAUGAUAACACUGCGGAAACUUUUACUCGCUGGUAAUCCAUUGAGAACACUUCGGAGCUCACUGGUAAAUGGACCUACAACUGCUCUGUUGAAGUAUCUUCGAAGUAGACUCCCAAAAGAUGAAGAGUCUGCAGCACCCUCAGCUGUGAAACAGGACCCUUUUGCACUGGCUGCUCAGUCAUCUCUGACUUCAAAGGAACUCUCAUUAGCUGGGUUAAGUUUGAGUGCUGUGCCAUCAGAAAUUUUGAAGUCAAGUGAUAUUACGAAAGUCAAUCUUACAGGAAAUUCAAUAGAAGAGUUACCCUUUGAGCUUGGAUCUUGUGUCUCCAUUGAGGUUCUGAUUCUGACCAAGAACAAGAUAAAAGAGUGGCCUACUACGGUUUUAGCUUCUCUUCCUAGACUUUUGUGCUUGAAACUGGAUGGUAAUCCACUCCAAAAGAUCCCCUCAGACGGCUUUCGAGCAGUAUCCAAGCUCCGGAUUCUGGAUCUAAGUGGUGCUGCUGGUGCACUUCCAGAAAACCCAGCAUUUUCGAGCUUACCGGAGCUGGAGGAACUUUACCUGAGGCGGAUGCAGAUACCAGUUUUUCCUUUGGAAAUAAUGUGUUUACAGCAGUUACAUAUACUGGACUUGAGCCAGAACUCCAUGCAAUCAAUUCCAGAGAGCAUCAAGGAUCUUUCUUCUCUUAUAGAGCUUAACCUAUCAGACAACAAUAUUUCUUCUCUUCCACCAAAUCUGGGUUUGCUAGAACCCAGUCUGCAGGUUUUAAAAGUUGAUGGAAACCCAUUGAGAAGUAUUCGAAGGCCAAUUUUGGACCGUGGAACAAAAGCGAUCCUGAGCUAUUUAAAGGAUAGAAUUGUCCAGCAGUAACAGCUUGCAGAUUUCCACGACAUAAGAGAAGAGUUAUUAGCUGUUCUUGUCGGUAAAUUCUACCAUUCACCAAGGUCUCCAGCACUCCCACCUCGGAUGCGCGACACGUGGCAAAGCUAACUUUAUGAAUUGUUAUUUUUCUUUUGCAACUAAUAGUUAACACCGUCAAAUUCUCCCGUCUACCACUCAUUACGUUCUUGGGAAUAGAUAAGUCUCGGUAUCAGACUUCGGCAAUUUUUGUGGCCGAGUGUUUUGGCAACAUUGGCACAUUUGUACUUUUGGGCGCGAUUUUUCGAAUUCCUUUUUUGGUGGGGAUCAAAUGGAGACUUUUGGGUUUUCUUUGUCCAUUUUCUUUCCCACGAAUUCUGAGCUUGUUUUGAAGCUCUUCAUUGAUCUUAAAUGAAAAAUUAAAUUGUAGCUUCAAUAUUUCAUUGUGUAGUAUCAUUAUUUGACUACAUAAAAACUCCAUUCAAAGGUUACGUAUUAUUCUA